AUGGCGGGGCGUGUGGCUGUGGCGGCGGUGCUCCUGCUGCGUCUUGGAGGCGCCCACGGCACCAGGGACUGUGAGGAUCUUCAUGAAGUGGUGGCCAGGAAGAUGCACGAGGAAAACAACAUGGAACAGAUACAUCGCUGUCCUCAGUAUUGUGGCUCACGGCUCUUCCAGCUGGACAAGCACAGCCAAAGAAACGGGCGGCAGAUCCCCUCCAGGUGUUCCUCUUACAAGCUCUUCCUCCACCCUGACAACCACAGCCACACCACGUCCACACCUUCGCCGCCACAAGGAAAGGUCACUCUGUCUCUCUCCUCUUCGACAGUGGUGAUAGCGGUGCCGAUAGCGGUGGUGGUGGCGGUGAUCCUGGCCAUUGUGGUGUGUGUGACCUACCGGAGGCGACGGCGUGGACAGGGAGAGGGGCAGGAGAUCCUGUAUCGUCCACAGUCCUCUCCAGCCUCACCGGAGAUAGGUUCAGUGCACAUCACGGAGAACAGUCUGUACGAACCCUUCCCCGGCCCCGUGACCCCCGCCGCCAGGGAACAGCAAGGGACGGUAGUCGUGGAGAACAGUCUGUACGAACCCCUGCCCGGCCAUGUGACCCCCGCCGCCAGGGAACAGCAAGGGACGGUAGUCGUGGAGAACAGUCUGUACGAACCCCUGCCCGGCCAUGUGACCCCCGCCGCCAGGGAACAGCAAGGGACGGUAGUCGUGGAGAACAGUCUGUACGAACCCCUGCCCGGCCAUGUGACCCCCGCCGCCAGGGAACAGCAAGGGACGGUAGUCGUGGAGAACAGUCUGUACGAACCCUUCCCUGGCUCCAUGACAGCACCCACCAGUGAGUGA